AAUUCUUGAGCCCCAACUCUAGCCCGACGGCCCACCAGAGCCCGAUACCGACCCGACCCGACCCGAUACGCUCGAGCGGGGCCUUCCUCGGCGGAGCGUAAAGGCCGCCGAUGGCGAGCCGGCGACGACGGAACUCCAAAACGUCCAAGGUUUGAACCAGCUCGUCCUCCUAUAAAAUCCCCCCCGUUCUCCCGCUGCGGUUCCGGCGAUUGCAGACCGCCGCCGCCGCCGCCUCCGCCGCCGACUCGAUUCUUCGCAGAGCUCUCGAUCGGAACCCUAAUCGGCGCAAGAUCGGCGGGGGUGUGGUCUCGCGCUCGGAGGUCGGGGAGAGAUGGGGAAGAAGCAGCACAGCAAGGACCGGAUGUUCAUAACGAAGACGGAGUGGGCCACCGAGUGGGGCGGCGCCAAGUCCAAGGAAACCCACGCUCCCUUCAAGCGCCUCCCCUUCUACUGCUGCGCGCUCACGUUCACUCCGUUCGAGAACCCGGCGUGCACCGCCGACGGGAGCGUCUUCGAUAUCAUGCACAUCAUUCCUUAUAUCAGAAAGUAUGGGAAGCAUCCGGUCACCGGAGCUGCGCUCAGGCCCGAGGAUUUGAUUCCUCUCACUUUUCAUAAGAAUCCUGAAGGCGAGUUUCAGUGCCCCGUCCUGAACAAAGUUUUUACUGAAUUCACCCAUAUUGUUGCUGUUAAGACUACAGGAAAUGUCUUUUGUUAUGAGGCAAUCAAGGAAUUAAACAUCAAGACGAAGAACUGGAAAGAAUUGCUGACUGAUGAACCAUUCACACGGGAGGAUCUCAUUACUCUUCAGAACCCAAGCGCACUUGACAGCAAGGUACUCCUGGACUUCGAUCAUGUGAAAAAUAGUUUGAAAAUUGAUGACGAAGAAAUAAAGAAAAUGAGUUCAGAUCCAACCUAUAACAUAAAUGUGACCGGUGACAUCAAACAAAUGCUUAAGGAGCUUGGCACUGAGAAAGGAAGGCAAACUGCCCUGCUUGGUGGGGGUGGCAGCAAGGCGCAAAAUGAAAGGGCUACCGCACUUGCUGCCAUUUUAGCAGCAAGGUCACGAAUAAAGGAGGACGCAGAAUCCAAUUCAAAUGGUGAAGUUAAAGCCCCACAGGCAUUCAGUAUUGUUGAUGCGGCUUCUGCUGCCGUACACGGGAGAAGUGCUUCUGCAGCAAAAGCCUCAUCAAGUGAUAAAACUGCUUCUCGGAUAGCUAUGCACAUGGCUGGUGAGAGGGAUGCUGUCAAUGCAAAGAUGGUGAAGAGCCGCUAUACCACUGGUGCUGCAUCACGAUCCUUCACUUCAACUUCAUAUGAUCCUGUUACCAAAAAUGAAUAUGAGUACAUUAAGGUUGAGAAGAAUCCAAAGAAGAAGGGAUAUGUUCAGCUGCACACAACCCAUGGGGAUUUGAAUAUAGAGCUGCACUGUGAUAUCGCUCCCAGAACAUGCGAGAACUUCAUCACACUUUGUGAAAGAGGCUAUUACAAUGGAGUAGCUUUUCACAGGAAUAUAAGAAAUUUUAUGAUUCAAGGUGGUGAUCCUACUGGUACCGGGAGAGGAGGUGAAUCAAUAUGGGGAAAGCCUUUCAAAGACGAGUUGAACUCCAAGUUAGUUCAUUCUGGAAGGGGUGUAGUUAGUAUGGCUAACAGUGGUCCACACACAAAUGGUUCACAGUUCUUUAUUUUGUACAAAUCUGCGAAUCAUUUGAACUUCAAACAUACUGUUUUUGGUGGAGUAGUUGGCGGCUUGACUACAUUGGCGGCUAUGGAAAAGGUUCCAGUUGAUGACAAUGAUCUGCCCCUGGAAGAGAUCAAGAUAACAGGGGUGACGGUAUUUGUCAAUCCUUAUACUGAACCUGAUGAAGAAGAGGAGAAAGAGAAGACUGAAAACGACAAAGAGGAUGAAGAAAAUGACAAGGUGGGGUCAUGGUAUAGCAAUCCAGUACCUGUAGGGGGUGGCCAGGUAGGGAAAUAUUUGAAAGCGAAGAGUGCUCCAGCUGGAACAGCUGUCGCCGACGGUGGGAUGGCAGAAAAUGGUGUAGUGAAGAAGAGGAAAGUAGGAGCCUCAACAGAAUACGGUAACUUUUCUUCUUGGUGAAGAGUUUUCUGUAUGGUUAUUUAGAGUGUUUCCAUUUUGUACCCUUUGAGCAGAUGAUGCAUCUUUUCUUUUCUUUUUUCCCGGUCCCUGCUAAUAUUGGCAAUGGCAAUUAUUCACUUGUA